UAAAUUCAAUCGAAAAAAUCUUUUAAUUCUUCCAAAAAAAAAUGUGAUAAUCAAAUUUCGGAUAGAUGCCUGAAUGAAUGAAUUCAUCCUGUCCAGAGAAAUUAUACAAUUAUGAAAUAUAAAUUAUUAAUAACUUUCUUUGACAUCUUCAGGCUUUGCAAUGCCUUCUGACCGACCGUUUCCGUCUCAAGGUAUUCCAGCCCAGCAAUUUUUCGACAGAUGUCUAUCCCCCCAUUCCCUAGUACAACUAACUAAUCCGAAACCCCACCACACAAGUCCCUCCAACAUCCUUAGAGCCCCCAACGUCUGUGAAACGGUAAUGGACAGGUAUUUAAAUUCAAAACCGGCCGUUCCCUUUCCCGACCAUCGUCAGAGGUCGCCACCGCGUCCUCGCAAGGUAACACCCUCUCCAGUCCACACUCUCUCAAGACCCAUUUAGCCCCCACCAGGACCUAUCCCCGGGCCCCACUCAGGCCAGCUCACCUGCACGAUAGUAGUAGAAUCGUGUGCGGCAUGAGUCCGCUGUCUCCGGUAUUCUCAGUACAGUUACCGUCUUCAACACGUUUAGCACAGGGAUACGUGACUUCCAGUCAUAUCCGUAAAUCCCGGUCACUACAAACGUCAAAUUUAUUAUUUCACGAGGAAAAAAAAAUAUCAAAACAACAUGUGGUGAUUUACGGCCGCUCCAUUGGAUUUAAAUACCCAUAAACGAGUGACUACUUGAUAUUAUUCAGUGUUUCACCUAUCAGUGACUUUUACCGGUCUCGAAAAACCUGCCUCACAACAGGUGCAUUUUGAGUUGCUGUACCGGUCGCACACCGGUGAAGAAACUUGUUUUGUGCGGAGUUUAUGUGGACAAGUUGAGAACCCUUAAUUCCGCAAAAUUUCGUUUAUUUUUAUGACCCGAGUAUUUCCGUUGAACUUGGCAAAAUAAUUCCCCCGCUCCCUGGAGUGCCUCCCGCGAAUUCGCUGGUGUUAACGUACCCUCGUUAACACCCUUCGGAUGUAUUUUUUCACAGCGAUUAUUAUCCCAAGUCCAUCGGUGGAGUAAUCCCGAGAUAUCCAGUCGAGCGCCUGCUCUCAUGUACAUACGUUAUCGUUGCUCCACAAGCGAGGAUUCUCAAUUAUCCCGAAUGCCUGGUGUUGGAGCACUAAAGGUGUAAUUAGAGGCACGUAUACCGCCUCAAGUGCCGACGAAAAAGAAAGCAAAAAGACCGGUGAGAGCCGGAGGAAGAACGACCCAGAGAUCGUUAAUUCGUUAUCUCAUUCCUCGUGUCAUAGACAAACGCCGUUAAGUCGAAGGAGACGUCGAUUCAACCGUCAACCAGUGAUAGAACCUCAUUAGACCCUUCAGAGUUUCACACCCUUUGCCAGACUUGACAUCCGAAGGUGUUCUUAUCAAGGUGAUUAACACCAAGGUCGCCCGGACCGGCGGAAUAAUAACCGAAGAAGGGAUAGAGAGACGAGUAGCUGGAAAGUUCGACGUACUUGGUAGGAAUGUUCCUACGAAAGUCGCGAAGGCGUGUGUUCCAGGAAGCCAUAAUAACGCAAAGUGAGUGAACAACAGGACAGUUCAUCAGAGAGAAUCAACUUAUUAAAUAUCACUGCUAUUAGAAGAAUUUCACUGCAUAUUUGCAUUAACAAACGAAUGACCAGAUGGCGGAGGCAAGCACGAUGACCGUACCACCGGUACUGCCAGUUUCAAGCCAUCAUCAGAGCCAGAGUAAUCGUCAGACUGUGUCGAUCCUGGCCGUUGCCCCCACUUUGUCACAGACUCCCUCUGAGGCCGGAGCAACGGUAUACGUAGCAGAUACAACUGGCAAAACCGAAUCUGCAUCAGUAUGGCGGACAACGGCGGAUGUGCAAUUGUCAAAUGGAUACAGCCAAACGCAAAUAACUAAAAGUGAUUAUCCAUCGCAUGUUGUCAAGAUACAGAUCAAUCCGGAGUUCGAUAACAGCCGGGUUAUAUCGACAGUGAGAUUAACACCGAACGAUAGUAUUCCGGAUGACGACAGCCAUCUGGACAACACAAAGAACGAGGCAUCCAAUGAUCGUGUGACCAACGAGGCGCGGAUAAUCGAGCGGAAUAUUGUUAACGGAAAGGCUCUUGAUUGUGUGCGAAUUAGUGUUGUGAACGACGUUGAUUUGGAGUUGAAGAAGAGCGAUAUGGUGCAGAAGGACGAGAUGAAUCGUUCCUGUUUCUACUACGGAUCAUUUCAGAACGGCAUCAGCACGAUGGUCAUGUCCAGCGGUCAAUGCUCACCGAGUGAUACACUGGACAGUGGUACCUGCAGUGAUCUUGAUGGCACACCACCACCCCUACCCAAGAAAAAGAACUCGAGUACUGUUCUUCUUGGUGGAGCGACAGCUCAUAAAAGAACCGGAAGUCUCACAAGCAGCGGAGCUGACAUUGACAGCGAUGACAAUGAGAGUAACAUAAGCUGUGACUCGUUGAACAGUGGUGAGUUGUCAGCCAGGGUCAAUGGACACCCGGUCAAUGGCAGGGGACGUGGUGUCGUCAAGGAUCCAUCACUUGAGAAGAACAUUGUCAGUGAUGAGAUGGUUAAGAGGGACUUGGAGGGAACCGCUGGUGAACUCGAGCGCAUUUGUUUGAAUAACAAUAAUGACGAGGUUAACAAGAAUUAUGAUAGGGAGAAUAAUGAGAGUGAGGUGAUUGUUAAUGAGAAAUCCAGCGAUGGUGAACUCUACGGGCUUUCACCGUCUCAAUCUGGCACUUCCUCGUUGUCAAAGUCCUCCUCGACGCCGAGAGUUCGCAGUCCAAACCCGUUGGGUAACGGACGUCAGCAUGCAUCUACUUCACCGGUUGUUGAAGAGUGCACGUAUGAGGAGAGGAAGAGGGAGCAGGAUAGGAUUCAGAUGGAGAACGCUGCUGCUGAACAUUAUGCCAAUUAUAAGAGGGAUUGUGGCAGCAAAUAUGUUUAUGAGGACGAUCGAUUUUACAAGUUUCAUGUCAAUGAGUUGGAGGGCGAUCAGGAGGUGAGGAACGGCAAGGAGGAGGGAGAGGGGGACGAGUACUUUGCGGGAUUUAAGAUACUCGAUAGAGAAGCCAUAAGAAGUGCCAAGGGAACUGUUAGAGGUGUUAAGAAUCGUGUGCGUGCGGGCAUCGCUACAUUCCUCCAGAAUCCAUCUUCUAAGAAUUAUAAACAGAAGGAUGCUGGCAAAGUGGUGGUUUAUACAACGUCAAUGAGGGUCGUGAGAAAGACGACUAUUGCAUGCGUGAAGAUGCUCAGGAUCCUGGGUACACACAUGGUGCAGUACGAGGAGCGUGACUUGUUCAAGAGUAGACAGUUUCAGACAGAGCUCAGGGACAGGCUCGGGUGUGAUAAUGUCGAGGUGCCACAGCUCUUUAUUGAUGGACAGCACAUGGGGGACGCCGACGCGGUCGAACGGCUCAACGAGUCCGGGGAAUUGCGACCUAUGCUCAAACCAUACAAGUCCCCAGGAAAACGCGAGGUUUGUCCCUGCUGUGGAGGUGCUGGUAUCAUCCCUUGUUCAGUCUGCAACGGCAGCAAAAAGUCCCCAAGAUGGAACAACUUCAUGAAUGAGUUCGUCGCCCUGAGGUGCAUGAACUGUGACGAAGUGGGACUGACCCUCUGCCUUCACUGUAUCAAUCACUAGGAUAAUUUUCUACCGUACGAUGAAAAUAUGCUCAAUGAAAAUGAAAAUCCACAGCGCACCUUUCCGAUUUUCACGUUUACAUAACAGAUUACAUUAAGCUUAUGUUAAGGAUUGAUUAACGAUUUAGAUUUAAUGUAUGAUUAAGGUGCUACGAGAGGAAUAUCACUGUGAAGAAGAUUGCGGUGAGGUUUAUCAUAGCAAUUGAACGCUGACAAUCGUUGAGGCAAUAGAAUGCAUUAUUUUGUGGUACGAUUACUUUCGUUAUUCAAUUUUCUGGACAAUUGUCAUCGAUUUUGUAAAAUAUCGUGGUUAAAUAAAGUCAUUGAUGGUUAAUAAAAA